AUGAAUAAUAGUCAACAAACAUUUACAAGAGAUGAAUUAAUCGAGUUUACUAAAGAUCAACUCUUUAAGAUCUGUGUAGAUAAUAAAAUAAAAGUGAAUAAAAGUAGCAACAAAUCAUUAAUAAUAGAUCAUAUCAUCAAUUUUAAAGAGGAAAAAGAUCGUUUACAAAAGAAAUUGAUCGAUGACAAUCCUUCGAAUCAAUUUCAUAGAGGUCAUGUUGAAUAUAAACUUCCUGUGAUGAUCAUCACCAAGAUACUUCGAUAUUGUUGGGACCUAUCAACUUGGUAUCGCCACAGUCCUUUAUACUCAUAUCGAGAAGCAUUAAAACUGACAUUAAUCAACAAGCAAUUCUUUGGUGUUGUCAGUCUGAUGUAUACCAAAGUCAAUCUUCGAUCACUCUCAAGACAUUCAUUCUUUAAUGUUAUUACUUUUAGAUCUUCACCAGUGGCCGAGCAAGUGGAUCGACUUACUAGUGUAUGGUGUCCAGUUAAACAUAUCGUUAAAUUGAUGAUCAACACUUACAUGUUCGAACAGUUAAUGAAACAAAAGUCUGCGCAUCUCAUUCAUGUACUAUCGACAAUCGAAAAGCUACAUAUUUAUCAUGAAAAUAAUUGCCGACGUUUAUCAGCGAUCAGUAUCAAGGCCUUAGGAAUCAUUGCCAAACCUCGCUCUCUCUACCUUCGAUCUAUACUAAUGGAUACUAAGCAAAUGGAUGCAAUCUGUUUGAUUAAAUCACUUCGAAAGAUAGAUAUUUAUCAGCGUCAUAAUGAUCAUUCAGACUAUUUCACAGUGUUAUGUAAAGGUUUACCAUUACUCGAAUCACUCAAAACGAAUACGCUGGAUAUCAGUUGUAUUCCAAAGUCAAGUCAAUCAGCUAUUAAAAAGCUUUCAUCAGUUUACUUGAAUUAUACCAAUGGUGAAACCUUUGAAUUCCCAAAUCUCCAAAAGCUAACUGUAGCAAAACACAACCCUCUACUUAUCGAUAACCUGUUCUUUAAAUACUUUUCUCAAUCCAACAAUAUGACAUACCUAUCGAUUCAUUUAAAUCAUAGUUUCAAUAUUUGGUUACCAAUCAUAAUACAAUUAAAGAGUUUAGUCACUCUCGAGGAUUCAGAACCUCAUAGACAAAAAGAUUGCAAAGAAUUCAACUCCAAACUUAAAGAUGUCAUACUACCAGCAUCGCUAUCUCGAAUCAUCAUUUCCACCAUUGCUAAUAUCUUUAUCAGUUUACCACUAAAGAAAUUAAAAAUUGUAUUAUUAAGAUCUGCAAAGAAAACAAAAUCAAGCAAACUUCAAAAGAUAUUUUGA